AAUUGGCGUAUAGAAUGGGAAGAAAGACAGAGAGGAAUGGAACAUUUGGCUUCUAUUGAUUAUUAUCAUCUCUUCUUCGAGAUCUCUUAAUAUCUUCUCUCUUCUUCUCUCUGUCUGUGAGGUCUUCGAAGAUCCUUCUGUACUAUCAAACUUAGAUCAGCUGCGAACCCAAAAAGCAAACGAGGUAUAGAGUUUUCGAGCUCUUGUUAAGUCAUUUGGUGAGGACUGAGAGAUUGGUUAUUUGGAGAAAUAUAUAUGGCAGAGGUGAAGGAUCAUUUAGAGAUUAAGUUUCGUUUAAAUGAUGGUUCAGAUAUUGGUCCUAAAUCGUUUCCUGAUGCUACAACCGUUGCUGCUUUGAAAGAAACUGUGGUUUCUCAGUGGCCAAUAGAGAAGGAGAAUGGGCCAAAGACAGUGAAAGAUGUGAGAUUGAUAAGCGCCGGUAGAAUAUUGGAGAACAACAAGACGGUUGGAGAUUGCAGGAGUCCUGUCUGCAGCAAUCUCUCAGAUGCUGUCACCACUAUGCAUGUCCUCAUUCAACCUCAGCUUACUGAAAAAGCAGAAAAGAAGAAGAAGAAGAAGAAGCCUAAAAGUGAUCUGAAACAGAGUAAAUGUGUCUGCUUUUGUUUUGGAAACAGGUUAUGAAAGACGAGCAGAGUUCAAAGCUUUGGCAGAUUCAGAAUCUCUUCUUCAAUAUCUCUCCCUCUCUCUCUUUGUGUGGCAACAUUGGCUUUUUGGUUGCUUAUGGUUUCGUUUCUAAUGUAAUUCUGAUUCUUAAACACAGUGGAAUCAUAGAUAACUUUUCACAUUUUUAGACUAGAGUGAAUCAUUAAAAACAGUGGUUUUAUAAAAUUACAGUGUGAAUCAUUCAUUUUCCU